AUGGCCGGGCAACCUGGGUCUUCGACAUCAAACAUCGUCACUUCUUCACCGAUGCACCUGUAUAGGAAUACGCCUGUGCAAAAUGAUGUUCGAGCUUCGCCGACUGAACUAGUUGCGGUUCAUCUUGACACAGUUGUGAAUAACGAAUUGUCUGUGUAUGAUGUGUACACAAAUGAUGAGGCCGAGAGCGGAGAGGAGGCAGACGUACUUCGGAACAUGGAUGUUGAACUCGGAGACAUGGAAGUUGGUAGUCGUCCAUCUUUUGCUCCCGGUGGAGAAUUUGAGAAGGGCAUGUUCUUUGAAAGUAAGAAAAUGCUCCUAGAAAUGGUGAAGUUGUAUUCCAUACAAAAGAAUCAACUGUACACUACGGUGACAUCGAAUGAGAGUGUCCUGUAUUUGCGGUGCAAGAAGAAAUGCGGUUGGAUGCUACGAGGUACCAAGUCAAGUGCGGACUCUCGGGGCUUUACCUUGAUCACGUAUAAAGGACCUCAUCGGGAGAAUUGUGUCACUGAGGUACUAUCCGAUUGUCAUGCACACUUGGAUUCGUCUGUAAUAUCAGAGUACGUGAAGUCCUUUGUGAGGAAAGAUCUAACGGUUAAAGUUGAAUUCAUCCAGGAACUGAUAUACAAGCAAUUUCACUUCAAUGUUCCGUACCAUAGAGCAUGGUACGCCAAGGAGAAAGCUGUAGCAGAGAUAUUUGGGGAUUGGGAGAGUUCUUACGAGAGACUUCCACAAUUCAUGCAGGCACUCCAACGAUCAAACCCGGGUACAUGUGUCGUGUGGAAAUACAAAGCCUUGGUGGACGGUGUAUACUACAGUAACUUGGAGGUGUUUGAACGAGUGUUCUGGGCAUUCGGUCCUUGUAUUGACGGUUUUAAACAUUGCAUGCCUGUGAUCUGCAUCGAUGGGACGCACCUCUACGGGAAGUACAAGGGAACACUGUUGGUGGCUGCAAGUGUGGACGCAAGCUUUCAGGUAUUUCCACUAGCAUUCGCGGUGGUGGAAGGGGAAAACACUUCUAGCUGGUCUUGGUGUCUAGGUUGCAUUCGGGUUCAUGUCACGCAAAGAGAUGGGUUGUGCAUUAUAUCUGAUCGACAUCCAGGCAUAAUUGCAGCAAUGAGUGAUCCUAACGUUGGAUUCACUGAGUCGCGAGCCUGUCAUAGGUUUUGUGUUCGCCACAUAGCGUCUAACUUGAGGACACACGUGCGAAGCAACGAGAUGAGAGAUGCGUUCAAGGGUGCGGCUUACCAAAGGCAAGAAAGAAAACUCCACACUGAUUUGUGUUUCAUCGGUCAGGAGUGUCCCAAGGCCAUGGAGUACAUUGUUCAAGUCCCUUUCAGUGCCUGGUCUCUCUUUCACGAUGCAGGUCGCCGAUUUGGGAUAUGUACUACUAACUUCUCUGAAACUUUUAACAAUGUGCUUAAAGGAGCCCGGUUUCUACCGAUCAUGUCUCUUGUCGAGUUAACUUUCUACAGGGUUAACAAGUACUUCACGCUUAGAAGGGAGUCUUCUGAGACGAGGUAUGAACUAGGACUUCCAUACCCCCCCAAGGUCACUGCCAUUCUUGAGAAGAACACUGCAACUGCAAGAUAUCACAGGGUCGAAGCAUAUAAUCGCCGAUUGCAUAUUUACCAGGUCACAACUGAAAGGGGGGAGCGAUUUGGUUGCAAGGGAGGUCAUAAGCAUACGGUUAACUUUCAACUUCUGACGUGUACGUGCAACAAACCGAAGAUAUUCCAUCUCCCAUGUUCUCACGUUCUAGCCGUUUGUGCGACGUACUCAUUGUCAGAGCGUCCAUGGGUAGACCCUUCGCUUCAAUCAAAGGCCUACACCGACACGUAUGCAGCCCAAUUCUGGCCUAUCCCCUGUGAGACAACUUGGGAGCAGUACGUCGGCCCGAAGAUCAUUGCCGAUAGCAGCAUGGUUCGUGGGAGAGGGCGACCGAGGUCAAAACGCAUACGCAACGAAAUGGAUGAGACUAACCGGCCACUCGGUGAUCUGUUUUGA